ACAUGAUAUAAACCAUCCAAAGUAUACUGCAAAAGAUUAAAUUUAAAAAAUCGAAAUAAUAAUUGAAAUAUUCAUUUCAAAAUCAUUGUAUUUCUUUAAUAUGAGUAACAGUUUAAGAUCUAUAAUUUUUAAAAAGGUUGUGAAACCGCUAACACAUUUAGACAAUGCAUAUCAAAAUCAGAUAAUGACUAAUUUGCAUGUAAAUUUAAAUAAAGCAAAUAACAUGUAUUGUUUUACACUUCCUUUAAAAUCAGAUUAUUAUAAUAUAACAAAUGAAGUUCAAAACAUUGUAAAGAAUGAUUCAGAUGAUACUUUUGAUAAUAUCAUAAUAAAAGAUAGUACUAUAUAUUUCAAUAUGCAAAGAGAUAAAUAUAUAAAGACAAUUAUAGAAAGUAAUCAGUCUGGUGUAACGCCGCCACUACUUGUAAGCAAGAAUAAAAAUAUUAUAGUGGAAUUUAGUUCACCAAACAUUGCUAAACCAUUUCAUUUGGGACAUUUACGUUCUACAAUUAUAGGAAAUUACAUUGCUAAUAUAAAUAAUUUCUUACACAAUAAAGUUAAAAAAAUAAAUUACUUAGGAGACUGGGGCACACAAUUUGGUUUUAUUUAUUUGGGACUUGAAAUGUUAUGUGAUAAUAAUAAUCUGCAAUUGCAAAACAAUCCUAUCGAGACUUUGUACAGAGCAUAUGUUACUGCUAAUAAAUUAGCAGAGACUGAUUCAACAAUAAACGAGCGUGCUAAAGAAAUAUUUAGACAAUUGGAAUUUGGAGACAUUAUUAUUUCUAAUAAAUGGGAAACAUUUAAAGAUUACACUGUUCAAGAAUUAGAAAAAACUUAUAAAAGACUAGGUGUAAUUUUUGAUGAGUAUCAUUGGGAGUCUAUGUAUGCUGGUAAAAAUAUAAAUAAAAUUAUUAGUCUGAUGGAAGAACUGCAAUUAUUAACAUUAGAUAUGGUGGAAAGAAAGGUGAUACCUUUAAAUGAAGAAAGAAAUAUUCCAAUUAUUAAAAGUGAUGGUUCAACAUUAUAUAUAACUAGAGAUAUUGCUGCUGCUGUGGAUAGAUUUGAAAAAUAUAAAUUUGAUAAUAUGUACUAUGUUGUGGAAAAUGGUCAAACUGAUUAUUUUUCAACUUUGAUUCAAAUUUUGAACAAAAUGGGAAUGCCUUGGUCACAUAAAUUAAUGCAUGUUAAGUUUGGAAGAGUUCGUGGUAUGAGUACAAGGAGAGGUACAGCAAUAUUUUUACAUGAUAUUUUGAACAAAGCACAGGAAAUUAUGAAAAAAAGGCAAUUAAUAAGGCCAACAACUAAAGUUAAUUUCAAUGAAUUUGAUGAGAGUUCUGAUAUUUUGGGCAUGUCUGGUAUUAUUUUAAAUGACUUAAAACAAAGAAGAAUGAAAGAUUAUACAUUCGAUUGGAACCUAUUAUUUAAUAUGAAAGGUGAUACUGGAAUAAAAUUGCAAUACACUCAUUGUCGUUUAAACAAUUUAAAACAUACCACUGGUGCUACUUUAAUAACAGAAUGUAAUCCAAGUCUGUUAAAGGAAGAAGAAAUUGAUAAUUUAAUUAUAUUAAUUAGUCAAUUUGAUGAAGUAAUUCUUAAAUCUUACAAAGAAUUAGAACCGUGUAUAUUAGUGGUAUAUCUUUUUUCUCUAUGUAAUGCUGUCAGUAAAACAUUUAAAAACUUAAGAAUAAAAGGUGAAUCAUCAGAUUUAGGAAAUCAAAGACUGUUGUUAUUUCAUACAGUCAAAAUUAUACUUGCCGAAAGUAUGAAAUUACUUGGUUUAAUACCUUUGAACAGAAUGUGACGGCAGCAUCGUAUGCGAUUAUAGGCAA